AGCACCCCCAGAUCCACACAACAGCGUCAACAUGGAUAAGGGCGUUGAGGAGCCGCUGGACUUGAUCCGGCUGUCACUGGAUGAGCGCGUGACAGUGAAGAUGAGGGGCAACCGCGUACUCUCGGGACAGCUGCAUGCAUAUGACCAACAUCUCAACAUGGUGUUGAGCGACGUCGUUGAAACGAUCACAACCUCGGAAAUCGAUGAGGAGAGCUACGAAGAAAUCAUCAAGACGACGGAGAGAAAAAUGCCAAUGCUGUAUGUGCGUGGAGAUGGUGUCAUUCUUGUGGCGCCUCCCAUGAGGUAGACAUGGCCAACAAACACGUCCCACCAUCGACACCACCAACCCACACGCCCACCAACCAACCACCAACAACCGUCCUUGUGUGUUUGUUUCUGGCUUCACAACACGCCACAGUACAUUACCACACCAUCACAGCGUACAUUGCCCGUUUUGUCGUCGUUCCUUUGCUGCAAGUUGGGUUCGUUGUACUUCAGUUUCUCAGUCCAUACACAGACAACACACCAUGAACGUGACACCAAAGCAACAAACUCAGCCAUGACAAGGGCAAGUGAUGACCCAUCAAACAAAC